UUCACUCUCACCAUCCCGGCUGUUUCUCCCUCAAUGAGCACUGCGCACACAUGCUUUCGCAGCGCCCUGACACAGGCCUUCCGACCGUCUAGCCGUGGCCCCGCUGCCUCCCAUUCUGUCGCCGCAUUUCUUGUACCCGCGCUAUCUCGAAGCUCCCAGCGCCCCUUCACUUCAGACAAGCGUCGAUCGAAGCCACAGAGCGCCACAUCCCAUACUUCGACGGACCGACCGAACGACCCUCUCGUAUACGUAUAUCCUCCAAAAGGCGCCGAGGCUCCCAUAGAAACCCGCAUUCGCACACCUUCACGCAAUGACCGGGGCGACAUCAAGCUAUGGGUUUCGGCCAUUGAGCCUUACUUCCCAGAGGAUAUCAGAGAAAAGGCAUUACCCGAGAUGCCAGACGUCUCCCCGACGCUGACUACGUUCGACCUGGCCAUGUUCGUCAGCAAAGCUCAGGAUGCAGGACACGAUAUAUUAAGCCAUCUUGGCCUGGUCGAAGGACGGUGGCAAGCAGCGAUCUGGAUGGCAAAGAAGCUUGCAGAGGGUGGGAGGAUAUCGACCGAACUAUCGACGCGGUUCGACCCUACAGAAGACGCGGCUUGGUCUAUCCCUGGAGGUCAGUCGUUAGAACACAUUACGAAUGAACCUGUGCGCCUCGAACGAACACGGCAGAGACGAAAGCUCGAGAUCUCUCUAGACGAGCUGACUGCAGCGCCCGACUCGAUCAAUCAGCGCCACCUGAUUGUCAAGCGAGCAUUGGGCCAGUUGUGGAGGAGCUUGGGCGCUAUGAUUCUGGCUGCACCCGAGCAGAACAAACCUGGGCAGGACGUGAUUAUGUCGCAUGUUUUGGAAAUCAUUGCAUUCCUACAUCACAUCGGUUUCAUGCCGGACUCUGUCUACACGUUUCGGCCGCAAAGCAACAAAUACGCAUUACAUCAGCCGCCAACGCUGCACAUGUUGUCCUCGAAGAUCUUGACUGCGUUGUCAGAUGCAUCUUGGCGAGCGCACGAAGCAGCCGUCAAGGCUGCGAAGAACAGUGCCAAAGCUUCGUACUUCCUGGGCCAUGAAGUACCCGGCUCACGAUACAAAGUCGAAAUCACCGAGAUUGCACCUGAGCUCUGGCUGGAACUCAUUCUUUGGUCUUGUCUUCACGGCGGUUGGACGAGGGAUGGUACCUUCAUUCUCCAGAAGCUGGCCGCGAGACAGGGCGAUCAUUCCUGGGGAUUGAUUAGUUGGCGCGAGAUCCUAGAGGCAGAACAACAGCGCGCACCAUCGGCCUCGGAGGGGUGGAGACUUUUCCCGAUGCGUGGAGAUGCGGCAGCAGAUGCCGAUGAUCGUGCACGUACGCGGAGAACCGUGAGCGGCGAGGUUGUUACUGCCUUCAUCGACGCCCUCAUCAAUGAGAUGCGUCUGGGAGUGGGAACCCGCGGUACGAAUCCAGAAAUUUUGAUCGAUCAUAUCAAGACCUUGAAGGACUUCCUUGAGGCCAACAAUCUCAGUUUAGGUUCAGUUGCCUGGGACUCGGUCAUCACGCGUCUAUUGGAGUCGGGAGGUUUUGCUCCCCAGGUGCGCCCAGAGCUACUGCUCCGCCUGUUCAAUCUUGCCGCAGAGUUUGGUACAGAAGUUGGCUCGGCAAACGCCUCGCCGGCAGCUGAUGAUGAAGUGCCAUACUUCUUCGAACCCACGACCGCGCCGCUUAGCCUGUUGCAUCGGGCUAUGAGGGCUUUUAUCAGCACCGGAGACACGCGAGGUACCAUGGAAGCUUUCAACAUGCUCCAGCGGCACGCAGAUAAUAACAAACAAAAGUCAUUGCAGCAAUUCUUCGAAACGUUGAAGGAUGUUCCUUUACGGCAAGCUGAGCCUUUUACGAGUCAGACAGCACCAAUCGACUUUCCAUCGUUCGAGACAAACCUUCCGGUCCCGUUGCUUGCGAAGCUGUUGGACCUUACGACUGAUUCCGAGAUGUACGAGCUUGGAAACUGGUUCGUACACUCAAAGGAUCUCGACGGUCCGUUGAUCCACAAAGGCUUGUACACUCAUCGCAAUAUCGCUGCAUCGCUUGUCCGCUUUGGCACACUGGCUGGGGAUAACGCUAUCGUGUUGAAAAUAGUCAAGAAGUCUGGUUACUUUGAUCCCAAGCUGAAUCAGCAACGUAUGCCUAACGAGCUCCUGACGGCGUUGUUCCGCAGCCAGGUCAAACUCCAUCGAUGGGAAGCUGUUCGCAACAUGCAACAGCAUGCUCUGAAGUUGUCCACCUGGACGCCACGACCAAGCAUCCUAACCACCUUCGUUGCUGAACUCCUACGUACUUCUGGAAGCACUGAGACUGAGGCCGCCGAAGCGAAGAAGGCUUUCUUCGGCAUGCUCUUCACUUGGGAGGGCCUUAUUCUGGGGACCAUCCGCAAUGAGCUGAACUGCACGCUUGCCAUACUCUCCACCGUCGACGAGACAUGGAAGGCGUACUGUUCGCAGUUCAUGAACUUCUCUUCUCGACAAAGCAUCCAACUCCCUGCCGAGAACUUCAAUCAGAUACUGAGUGGGGUUCUCGACCGGUAUGACAGUGCAAAGGGGAAGAAGCUCGUUGAGCAAUGGUGCUACGAACCUGGGAGAGAGUUUCGACCAUUCAGAGCCCCUGGAGGUGUGCCAACUAUGCCCCAAUACCGCUAUGGUAGAAGAGAGGAAGCCGAAGCUAUGCCUGACAACAUAGAGAUCGAACAAGACUCGGGUGCAAAACUGGUCUUGCAGGGUCGCAUUCUCCCGAAUCGACAGACGAUCUGGGCAAUCUUACGGAAGGUCAAAAGCGAAGUGGAGCAGUGGGGUCAAGAAGGAAAAGACACGACAGCGACUGCGCGUGAUCAAGCGCGCGACACGCUUCGAUGGGCGGCCCGUCUCCUUUACUGUCUAGGCAGCGACUACGAGGACAUCAUUCGUGAUCUGGGCAGCCUCGCAAAGCUCGCCGAGCUUGAGGCUCCUAAGGCCCACCCUGCCAUUGGUCAGACUGAAGCCGCGGAGCGCGGUCUGUAACGGCAUCUUGCACGUAGCGCACCGAAGUCGAGCAUACCAAUUGCGUAACGCCCGCCUCCAGACACUUGAUCACCUUCCUUCUUUAACUUUUUCUCUCACUUCUUAGUGCACGUGGCGAUCUUGAUGAGACAUUACUCGGAAAUUAAUCGCAUCGUGAAGUCCCUGAUGGCGUCUACGCGCAUGCUUCUCCACUGUCCUUCUCCACUUGCAUCACGACACCUGUCAAUGACCCCAGACCGCCGUGCCUGCACAACACUGACUCUUCUUCUACUAUAACUAUUCCAGCAUCGUCG